CCCCUCCUCCGCCCGCCGCCGGGUCGGAGCGGCCGGUGCCAGCGGCAGCGGCGGCUGCUGCGCAUCACGAGCCACAUCAUCGCGGGGGCUGCCCGCCCUCCGGCAGCUUCCGCGCCUGCUCAGUGGCGGCGGCGCUCACCUAGCUCCGGAGCUGUCACCGCCGCCCGUCCCUCCCCGUCCACCGCCUGUCCGCCGCAGCGAUGGAGCGGGACGGCGGGCCGCUACCGGCAUCGCCCUCGCCCAGGAUAUUAUCCACAAAAAACAAUGUGAAGUCUGUAUCAUACUGCCUGAGUUAAUAAGCAGCUCAUACCUGCUUGGUAAUGACAGUAGAAACCUGUAAUUGGGAUCUCAAACAGUACAGUUAGGACUCAUCCUGAUCUGGUCUUGCUUAUGUAAUUGUUGAAGAUCUGAGAUCAAUGAGAAAACACUUUUGCAUGCACAAAAGGAUAAUUUUGAUUUAUCCAUUUUGAAAUCAUCAAGUGUGGCACUUGAUGACUCAUCAACAAGAUUUCUUUGUUGACAUCUGAAGAACAAAGUGCUUUUCAACGUGUACUUCUGUAGCACUAUGACUAACUGUAAAGGCAGAUCUACUAUCUCCAAAACAAAUAGCAAAGUUCAUGACAGAGAAGGUUUUGUAAACUGGACUAUAAAUCUUAAUACAAUUCAGUCCGAUAAAUUUUUGAGACUGCUUUUGAGUAUGGUUCCUGUUGUUUACCAAAUAAAUCAGGAUGAAAGACACAAAAAAGUGAAUGGUGUGUGGCAAGAUGGAUUACCACCAGCGGGACACAAUUUUAAUGUUAGAUCUGAACAACACACAGAGUACCAUCACUUCUCAGAACCAAGUUUUCAUGGUAGUAAUGGACACAGCCCGUCUAGCUGUAGCCCUAAAUAUGAUGAUUUUACCAGUUAUAACUACUGUGAUGGAAUGGAUGCUUCAGAAACCGAUGCCAUGUUGCAGGAAGACAACCUAUCUAGUGGUGGUAAUGAAGACGUCAUUGUGGAAGGAAGUAGAAAACAACCCAAAGAAUCUAGUAGUAUCAUGGCAUUACAGAUACUCGUACCUUUUUUGCUAGCAGGAUUUGGAACUGUUUCUGCAGGCAUGGUUUUGGAUAUUGUACAGCACUGGGAUGUGUUCAAGAAUGUUAGUGAAGUUUUUAUCUUGGUUCCUGCGCUUCUUGGUCUCAAAGGAAAUUUGGAAAUGACCUUGGCAUCCCGGCUGUCAACUGCUGUAAAUAUUGGAAAAAUGGAUUCUCCCAUUGAGAAAUGGAACCUAAUAAUUGGCAAUUUGGCCUUAAAACAGGUUCAGGCAACAGUAGUUGGUUUUCUGGCAGCAGUGGCAGCAGUUGUAUUGGGCUGGAUUCCAGAGGGCAAAUACCGUUUUGAUCAUUCAGUCCUCUUGUGUUCUAGCAGUGUAGCAACUGCCUUCAUAGCUUCUCUUUUACAAGGAAUAAUAAUGGUUGGAGUUAUUGUUGGAUCAAAGAAGACUGGUAUUAAUCCUGACAAUGUUGCCACUCCUAUAGCAGCAAGUUUUGGAGAUCUCAUCACUCUUGCUAUACUAGCAUGGAUAAGUCAGGGUCUUUAUACUUGCCUUGAGACAUAUUACUAUGUAUCUCCUUUGGUUGGUGCCUUUUUUUUGGCUCUGACUCCCGUGGGGAUUGUCAUAGCUGCCAAACACCCAGCUACCAGAACUGUUCUCCAUUCAGGAUGGGAGCCUGUUAUAACUGCCAUGGUUAUAAGCAGUAUUGGUGGCCUUAUUCUGGACACAACUGUAUCUGAUCCUAACUUAGUUGGAAUUGUUGUUUAUACCCCAGUUAUUAAUGGUAUUGGUGGUAAUCUAGUAGCUAUUCAAGCUAGCAGAAUCUCUACCUACCUCCAUUUACAUAGCAUUCCUGGAGAGCUCCCAGAAGAAGCCAAGGGUUGCUAUUAUCCAUGCAGAACCUAUUAUGGUACAGGAGUAAAUAACAAAUCAGCCCUAGUUCUGCUUCUUUUGGUGAUUCCUGGACACCUGAUUUUCUUGUACACCAUCCACUUGAUGAAAAGUGGCCACACUUCCUUAACUCCUAUCUUUAUCGCAGUGUAUUUGUUUGCUGCUCUGCUACAGGUGUUUACGCUGUUAUGGAUUGCUGACUGGAUGGUGCACCACUUCUGGAAAAAAGGAAAAGAUCCCGACAGUUUUUCUAUCCCUUACCUAACUGCACUGGGAGAUCUGCUUGGAACUGCCUUAUUAGCCAUAGGUUUUCAUUUUCUGUGGCUCAUAGGUGACAGAGACGGCGACGUUGGAGACUGAUUUUUCCAGUGGAUACUGUGACUUUUCCUUCAAUAUUAGCAAGACCAAUCAUUCCACUUGAAGGUCCUCAAAGUGAUUGUUCCAUUUGAUAUAUGUAAAUCAAAUUGACAGAGAUAUAAAACAGCCUUAAUGAUUUUAGUUUGAUUCGGUUUUAAAAAAAUUGGAUGGAACUAGGAGGAUAUCUUUAGUCAAGGUGGGUUGCUGCUAGUUGAAAACAUCUGAGUAGACAUAAUGAAGGGCAGAUCAAUCCUGUACAAAGUUUAAUUUUUUUAAAAGAUCUAGUCUUUGAAAAGAACGGUUCCUUACCUGUAUUGCAACACUCUCUGAUUGCUCAUUCAGUGGUGACGGGGGAGAGAGUAAGACCCAAUCUGUGGCUUGCCUUAUCUUGCCCUCACGGGAACAAAGAGGUUAUGUGUUUUCAUUGGUGGUUAGUAGACCUCAGAUGGAUGCAGUUUCAUACACGUUACCUGAUCAAUUGAUGACAUGUUCUUAUCUUGCAAUUUUAAUGCUGUAGCUCUCCAACCAUUGCAGACAGUAUCAAUAAUAACUGUUACAGUGAUUUGAACCCUGAUUGUCUAAGCAUUUUAUCUCUUCAUGUAUACCAUCAGCAUUUAUAAAAUUAGAGACUUACAAAGCACUCUAAAAAGAGCAACCUAAUUGUUUUUUCUGUUGUCAUUAAUUAGAACAAGAGCGUGGUAAAGACAAAUAAGGUGACACUGAGCUGAUCAAUAGUAUGGACGAAUGAUUAUGUUGGAAAGUGUAUUUUCAUUUAGCAACUGAAAAGUUGUUUAACUAACUGAUAUUAAUGGUGUUUUGGUGGCCAGUAUCCUGAUUUGAAGGAAGUACCUGAAGAUGUUGAUUCAAAUAUAAAUACUGAUCCCUGAUUAAAACUUGGAAUAUAAAAGAUUUUUUCCUUUUUAGGCAUUUAGGAAGCUACAUAAACUUCUAAAAUCCCAGCACUAUGUAAUGAAUUUUUCAGCAGAACUCUCCAUUCUUGCUGGUGGGAUUUCUGCUUUCAAACUAUGGAAGUUGUAAGAUCAGUGAGGAAAAUGGCUUCUUCUGAAGUAUUUCACUUAUUUGUAUACCUCAGUAUUUCACAAAAUAUGUUGGUCUUGAGACACCUAGUUGCCAAUUUGAAUGAAAUUGUACUGAUUGCUCUGUUUAAAAUCUAGUGAGAAUUCCUCACAGCAUACAUUUUUAAGGAGUAUAGCAUACAUCCUAAAUACAUAAAUGUAUGAAAAACUCAUGUUAAAUGUUGUGAUCGAAAGUUUUACAUUUUGAGAUUUAAAUUAGACAACUAAAUCCAUAUAUCAGCAUAUGUUGUAAUCCUGUAAACAUUAGUUGUGUGAUUUAUGCAUAUAAAUCCUCCCUUUUAAUUUGAUGGACCUACUCAGAUGAAUUAAGUUAUCUGAAUUUAAUGAGACUUCUAUAGGUGUCGGUCACCUUAUACUCUGUGGAAGCUGAAAGUGUUUGCAAUUUUGAAAAUGGAACCAGCUAUUCAGUGCCUACACAUGGAUUUAGAUGCCUAACUUUUAGCUCCCUUGUUUAAACAUGUUUAUUUAAGCUUUUUCUUACACUUAUGACAAUAUAGUUGUUUGAAUGAAUCAUAUGGAUUAUGACUUUUAUUAUGUGAGAGAAAGAUGAAGUCUUUCCCACUUCAGGAUCUCUGACUUUUCUUAGUUUGUACUACUGUUAUUUAAAAUAGUUUCUUGUAUGUAGCAUUGAGGGAAAUACUCCUAUUAAAUUGUUUAAAA